UUAUUAAUGACAAUGAAGAUGAUAUGGCAGACAGUGUAGAAGAAGCAGAAGAUGAGGAUGAAUUAAUUGUCGACCUUAGUGAUGAUAAUAUUGAUGAUGUGUGCCCGAUAGAUUUUGAUGUAAUUAGUGAGGAUAGUGACUAUUCUACUUAGUUUUGUAUCUAGUGUUCAAUGUAUUAUACAUAUUGAGAAAUAAAAAGUUCGUUUCCAAAUAGCAUGUUUCAAAUUACCUAAUAAAUUGAAAUAAUACUCAAUAAAUUAAUUAUAAAUAAUAAUUAAAUAUUAAAAUAGAUAGGUUAAAUUACUGUCGUGUUAGUAGAUGUCAGCAGAUGUGGCUAGAGCUCACGGUGGAGACGCUGGCGGUGAUCCUCCACCAGAUCCUACUAGGAUCCCGACUACAUGCGACUCAGGAAUCCCAACUAAGAAAAAUGGUCGCGGCGCAGCUAUUGGAAAAGAUCUAGAGGAGAGGCGGCGUAAAAAUGGAAAACCACUGGAAGUAGCAUUUUGCCCACGAACGUACAAGGUUGUUGGGGGCGAGCACGCUGCUUUUGUCCGCCUUGUGGGAACCCAAAUUAAAACGAAAGUUCCCGGACAUUACGGUUCAUGGGAAUUAGUGCCUAAAUAAUACAAGGAUCAGGUCAUUGGCAUAAUUCA